AGAUGGUAGUUGGAGAUGGUACCCCUUCUGACCAUGAUAGUUGACGGGUUUGGACGUUGCUUUACAUGGUUGAUAUGGUUAGGGUACGAUGAGGGGACGUCGAUAUGGCUAAGAACGUUAAUUGAGGAAGUUGACCCUAUAAGGAUGCCUAAAGCAGGUGCAGAGGCGAUCAAGCGCCAUUUUGAGAAACUUAGCGUGCAUGGGGAGUCAGGGAAAGGAAACUACAAUUGGAAAUGUCGGUACUGCGAACUCGUGUUCCCUGGGACCGCGAAGCGCUGUGCAGAGCACUUCAAGUCCACGACAAAAGGGCCCAGGUGCAACAUGAACAGGCUAGGCGGUAGGCUGUCAGCGGAGGAAGGAGAGAAGAGGGAGGUGGGCCGGCUGGAGGGAAUUGCGCUGGUGCGUGGAAAGGCUGUGCAACCCGCACUGUCACAGGAUUGCCCCUCUGACGUCGAGGGCACGGACGAACCGGAGGACGAGGAGGAAUGCAGCAGCCCCCAACCUCCUCAAAACAAGGUCAACACAGGUCUUUCCACCACCACUAACGUGCGGCAGACUACGCUGGAAGAGGGCGGGGCGAUAAUCUCUAAGAACGAGAAAGCACAGCGGUCUAUAGACGACUGGUUGGUUUAUGAAGGAGUCCUCAUCAACAUGGUGCGCAGCAAGUAUUUCUUGCGCAUGAUAGAGAAGGUCCGCGACGCGGAGCGGUCCUUCAUCCCCGCGAAAUACGACAUGCAGCGGACGAAGAGGUUGGACAUUUCCCGGGCGCGGGUCGAGGAGGGGGUUUUGCGACAGCAGAGAAGUUGGGCUCGAACCGGAUGCAUGCUCCGACUUGACGGCUGGACUGACAUAAGAGGCAGACCGCACUUGAAUGUCAUGGUCUCCUUUCCGACCGGUGUGCUUUUUUGGAAGUUGCAUUGCAUGUCAGGCAAGGAGAAGGGAGCUGCAGCGUACUUCGACAUCUUAUCUGAGUCGAUUCGCGAAGUUGGCGAGAAGAGUGUUGUUGGAGUGAUAAUGCACAACGCUGCUGUGUGCGUGAGAGCUGGCAGAUUGGUGGAGGAUACAUUCCCGCUAACCUUCCAUGUGCCAUGCGUUGCGCACUGCCUCGACUUGAUGCUGCACGACAUUGGGAAGAUAGAGUGGGUUGCUGAAACGGUGACGAAGGCGAACGACAUGGUGAAGUUCGUCAUGAGCCACCAGCGAGUCAGGGAUGUUUACUACAUCCAUGCAGAUGGAAGGCAGUUACUGCGACCCGCGGCAACGCGUUUCGCCACCAACUUUCACAUGCUGGACCGCUUGAAGAACCAGCGAAAAGCGUUGGUGGCUAUGGUCACAGACGACAUGUGGACAACGACGUUGGUCCCCCAUGCGCAGCGCUCGACCCUCCACGAGAUGGAAGACAUCAUACUCGAUGCAGCAGGUUUUUGGGAUCUUGUGAACAAGGCAAUCAAUGCCGUUUACGACAUUGUAUUGCUGCUGAAACUGGUGGAUGGCAACGGUCCGACCAUCAGCAAGGUUUAUGCAAAGAUGGACAGGAUAGUGGAGCGCCUGCGAGUUAACAAGGACCUGACAGUGGAUCAGCGGGAUGAGAUCGAGGUGAUGGUCAUGCGCAGAUGGAAUGCCAUGACCACCCCCCUCCAUUGUGCAGCCCUGUUCCUGGAUCCAGAGUACAGGUCGUUUGAGCCGCACAAGGAUGCAGAGAUCCAAGAUGGAUUCUACACCUGGGUGUACACAUGGCUCAAAGGGGCGUCACAGGAGGUGUGCGACCAGGUGGAGUACGAAGUCGAUUGUUGGGUUCAGAACAUUGGCRAGUUCAGCUCGCAGRUGGCYAUGGAUGCAGCCCACCUUCGUGCUUUGCUGUUUCAGGGAAGGAAUUUGUAUGCCUUCCUACGCGGCUAUCAUAGCUUCAGUCUCAUGAAGAUGUGGGACGAAAAGGCGAUGUGGAGCAUGUUGCCGUUGUUUGUCUGCGAAGAGUUGAGUGAGGAAGUGUAUACUCUUAUGUUAAGGUCACGGACAUGGGUUGAGCUGAAAACCUCUCUGAAGUUAAGGUUUCCAGAGAGUGGAGUAGAGAACCAACUUGGUGGAAGCCCUGUGCAACUAGCUGAGAUUGAGUCAACGCGAGGAGAGGUAAGUGGUAUACAGAGGCAAGUUGGGGUAUUGGGAGAAAGGUUGACGCGACUAGAAGAGGCCAGGCAUGGGAAGAGGAAGGGUUUUGACGGUACGUCGAGUGGACCGACUGGGCAGGAUGGAGCGGAGGCAAGGGAUGCCGAUCGAGAGUCAAUCCUCCGCAAGGGAAUCCCGAGGAGGCGAGCUUGUACUCAAGGGAGAGAUGAAGGCGAGAGGUUGAUUGAGGUAAAAGAGGAGCAGGAAUCUAGCAUAGCCCUGCCUAUUGUUGCGUAUGAUCCGAAGAGGGGGCCUGCUGACGUGGAAGCGUCGUCAACUGUAGGUAGGAGGGAGCGCAGGGGUAAAAGAGGGCGAGAGCACUUGGCAAAAAUGGUGUGUGAUUGUUGUGAAAAGGCUGGUCAUACCCCUUGGAGAUGCAAAGAAAAGGGGAUGACAGGGGAAAAAGAGGAGCCUGAACCUCCCAAGUUAACGAAGGCUCAACGGAAAGCGAGAAACCUGGCCCAGGGAGGUCAAGGUACCGGAAAGGGGUAGUGUUCGCGGCAAGUAGCGGCCGCCCCACAAG